ACCCGCCGGUGCGCGAGACUGAGAAGUUCGAUGAUGCACCGCAUUACGUCAGCGAGUCGCCACUCCCUGGAAUCCUCCAAUCGAAAGUCAUCCGGAAUCAAUCGACCGAGCCGUCAAAACAUUCAAUCAUUUGUUUAUAGCCCCGGAAUGAUGCCAAGUGGAUAUUUUUGAAGACAAUUACAUUAUCGUGAAUUUAUUAUUGAAAAUCAGGACAUCUAAGUGAUUUAUUGAAUCGUACAAAUAUGUCAGCACUCCAGAAGUCAAUUUUGAAAUCGAAACUUCCACCAUCUGGACUGAAUUUCACCACUGGGAGAUCCUGCAAGACUCGAGCUCUUCAACGAAAGCGGGAUUACGAUCCGGUUCAGUGGACUCCGUAUUUCACUGACUCUAAGGACAUUGCUAUCGGAGACAAUACAUUUCAUUAUUAUACCACCGGGGAUGAAGGGCCAACGCUUGUUCUAUUGCACGGUGGGGGAUACAGUGCCCUAACGUGGGCCGAAUUCACGAAAUCGAUUACAUCGAUGAUUAUGUGUCGAGUAUUGGCGAUCGAUUUGAGGGGACACGGUGAUACACACACAACGAAUGAUGAAGAUUUGUCGGCGGAAACAUUGGCCACAGACGUUGCCGGGGUGAUCGAGGCAGUAACAGAAAACAACCCUGUGGUCUUAAUAGGCCACAGUAUGGGUGGCGCAGUGGCUGUGAGAGCUGCCCCCCUUCUCAAGAAUUUAGCUGCUGUUACUGUAAUCGAUGUUGUCGAGGGGACAGCAAUGGAAGCAUUGACCUCAAUGCAGAGUUUCCUGAGGUCCAGACCUUCGAGUUUCACGUCGAUACCACAAGCCAUUGAGUGGUGCGUUCGCAGUGGUCAAAUUCGAAAUGUUCAGUCAGCCAAGAUCUCCGUCCCCGGGCAGAUUAAAAAUACUGAAACAAGUAAACUAGCGACUCAUGAUAUUGAAGAAUUCCUGUCAUCGCAUCACCACACGGACGAUCGUCCGGCUGUUGCGAUAGAGAGAGAGGACGUAAUUCGGGAAGAUGCCAGUGAAGAAGAUGGUAAAGACAAUGUACACCAAGCGGUACCGGUGGUGAAACAACCGGAGAAUCCAAACAGUAAGAAAUAUGCCUGGAGGAUAAACCUGGCCAAGACUGAGAAACACUGGACAGGGUGGUUCAAGGGACUGUCCUCAGCGUUUCUAGAUGUUCCUGCUCCAAAAUUACUACUUCUCGCUGGGAUUGAUAGAUUAGAUCGAGAUCUUACUGUUGGACAAAUGCAGGGAAAAUUUCAAAUGCAAGUUCUGCCAGCUUGUGGCCAUGCUGUUCACGAAGAUGUCCCAGAUAAAGUGGCUGAAGCAAUUGCCACAUUUAUGGUCAGGAAUAAAUUUGCUGAGCCAGUCUCUGAUUUUCAUCGCACAUUUCCAGCAUGUUAGCUGAUGACUGUCAUCACAGGUAUUUGAAGCAGAGGGAUUUAUGAAGAAACCAUGAACGAGCCAAUGGGGUCUUUUAGCGUGACACAUGGCCCAGCUCUUCCUGCCCUCAGAGGUGCAACCUACAAAAAUAGAUCAUGAAAAAAAUUUCCUCAAACAAUUCAAUAAAACAGGAGGUUUGUCGAUUUAUUUGACAUUCCUUGC